CUUUCCGCAACUUGUAGCGAUCGACAUCCUUUAAUUUAAGAGAUGUAGCUUCUCCUGACGUUAGCUUACAGAGUUCUGCUGUUUUAGUUUCGGCAUUCACGUUCUAACAGGCGGCGAGUUAGCAGCAUGCUAACUAGCUGAAGCCAUCUGGAGUUAAUACAGUUUAAUUACAUGAUACAAUGCUGCCUGAGUUAUUGCAAGGCACCGAUGCUGGAGGGCUUCUCAUAAUACAAGAUUACGCUGCUUACUCUGGUCGACACCUCCUGAAGAGCUUCAUCAGUGCUGCAUUAAACAGGGAGGAAACUGUCCAUGUCAUCGGCUUUGAGGUCAGUGAAGAGGAGCUGACAGGUGGACUGAAAGGAUCAUCCAGUCAGAGGCUACACUUUCACGAUGCUUUCACCGACCCCUUGGGCUGGACCGAUCACCCGUCCUUCACAGUCCACCAGUUCAAUCUGGAAGAAGUUACACAUCUGGUGAAGCAAACGUCACAGCCCAAGGCACCGACCUUGGUAAUUGACUCGCUUUCGUGGAUUUUGAGGCACGUCAGUCCUGCUACUGUUUGUAAGACUCUUCAGCAACUUAAAAAAGGGGGAGCUGUGAGAGCUGUCAUUGGUCUGCUCCACACUGAUAUGCAUCAGCGAGGCACCGUGGGAAGUCUUUGCCAUUUGGCUACAUCAGUCAUCACUGUGGCACCUGGAAUGAAGGGAGAUGAAGCAGUGGCGAAGAUAACAAAGCGCUCAAAAUCUGGAAAGGUUAUGCAAGAUGAGGAGAUUUUCAACAUCAGAGAAGAUCUUACAGUCAUAGUACAGAGCAAGGCCAGCCAUACUGGACCCAAACAGCCAGAUCUUGAGGAACAGGAGACGGAUCCAACAGCCAACUUGACCUUCAACCUUCGCUUGUCCAACACAGAGCGAGAAGCCAAGGAGAAACUUGCACUUCCCUUUGUCUUCAGCAAAGAGAAGAAAACGGCUCUGCUCCACUCAGGCCCGGGUUCAGGACGGAUUCUGUAUGAGCCUGAUGCAAACGACGACUUUGAUCAGGAGGACCCGGAUGAUGAUCUUGAUGUGUAGCGAUGGGCCAUAAAACCUAAAGAAGGACCAGAAGAUCCAUGUUUUACAUACUCCCAUCAACACACUGUUUUCAGCAGUGCAGUUUUAAAGCCUUACAAUCACCUUCUGGAGCUUGGAAGAUAUAAUUUAAUGCCUCAAAUUUCUGUAUAAUCUGUAUUAUUUUUACAAUUUGUUUCUUAAAAUUAUUAAUUGCCUCCAU